GUUGUCUGAGUUGGGAUUUUGGUGGGAAAGGGCAACACUUCCCUCAAUUGCUGUGUGCUUUCAUUUGACAAAUUCUGCUACACACGGAUACAGGUUAGUGUAAAGAUCUUGAUCCUUCAAUACUUCUUCAAAGUCUAAACGAAUGUAAAAAAGAAAUUGAGCGGUAUAGACAUGAAUCUUGAAUGUCGUCUGGUUUAUGGCUUCACGGUUUAUUCGUGUCUGAAACUGAAUUUCCGAUCUACACUUCCAGUUUUCAAGCUGCUUUUUAUGUUCUUAUGUUACCACUCUUUUACCUGGGUUUGUUUAUUGUUUCGGGUAUUUCGUGUUACAAAUCAUGUCACAAGUCGAGCCUGGAGGCAUUGAAGGUAUUUGUUUUAGAACAGUCUUAAACCGGCCAUAUUGGAAUUGGAGCGUGUUAGCUUCAUGAUUAUCUUGUUGUGAUUUACUACUCCGUAUACGCGUUUGUGAGUCGCUGGUAAACUCUGUCCUUGACGUCAGUUGAACAAUCAUUUGGAUUCUAAUCCAAGAAGUUAAAUACUGGUAGAUUUAGCGGUUAAUCUAUGUUUGCAAAGGAUUCCGAAAGGGGGCACCCAACGACAGUUGGCAUGCAGUUCUGAAGGUUAUUUCUAAAGAUCCAAAAGCACUCUGGAUAGCCUAAAAAGUGUUUGCAAUGCAUAUAGGAGGAAAGCGUCGUUUCGUGCCCCUGUCCGAUAUGUUAGUGUUAUAGAUAAAACUUCACUUUUGUAGGUGUUUUCCCUGUUCAAAAAAAUGUCACGUUGGUGGUCCUUAUGAAAUCAGAUCUACGUUUACAAUAAGCCAUGCGAAGAUAAUCACAAAAGGAAUGAAAUACUCAGCAAAAGUCAUUUGUAAUGUCCUCAAAUGACGGGGGCCUUCCUCUGACUGGAGUGGAAAUUUGCAGUCCAAAAAAUCGCACCUCAAAACUAUCUGGGCUGAAUAUUUUUCUAUUUAGUUACGGAUUCCUUUUUCCCUAACUUCUCAGUUCACAACAGACUGUAAUUAACAAAAGUUGUGAUCUCCUUGUGUAAAAUUUAUUAUCGUUUGCGUGAUCUAGAACAGGGUGUCCAGUUCCUUUUUUUUCCUAUUUUUUCCUAUUUCUUGAGCCUAUUCCUAUUUUCUCCCAUUUUAAAACUAAAACCUCCUAUUUUUCCUAUUUUUUAGCUGGUGAAGCCAAAAUUUGUAACAAAAUUUAAAAUGGAAUAUGAAUUAUUAUAGUUGUAUGUGUUUUAGAGUGAGAUUUAUCAUAGAGCAAGUAGUGUGUUGACUUUGAUGUUCUAAUAUUAGCAAAAAUAAUAGUUACAUUUGUUCUUUCUAUGACCUUUAUUGCUUAUUAGAGUUCUGUUAACAACUUUGUUACAUUGUUACUUUUUGUAUAAUUUUCUAGUGUACCUACAUGUGUUGUAUAUAGUGUCGUAGUCCUCAUGACUGUUGAAUAAUAUUGAGCAUAGCCCUUUGAAAUUACAUUUCAGUAUCUGCAAACUCCGAAAAAAAUAUCUCCACCGUAAGGGGUUAAAUUAACCCCACUGGAGGAGUUAUUAUAAGUCCUUGAAAAUUACUGAGUAACACGGGCCAGAUAAAUCAUCAAUCAGCUUCUUGUUUUUAAAAACCAAUCACUAGCUGGAUUCUGGAUGCUAUAUGAAAAGAACAGACUCAAGUUUAGUUUACGGCUCUACCUCUCUUGGUGACCGUUAACAGCUAUACCUAAGCAACUGACGAAGGAUCCCAUAUUUUGGAUGCAAAACCGGUCUUGCAGUCAUAGCUAAGCAGAGAGUUACGUUCAUCUUGGAACUUAACCAUGACACACUUACAAUCUGGUACCAAAUAGAUCAGAGUCAUUUUGCGUACACCCCGGAAAGCCUGGUUGCGUCACUUAAAACAAUGCGGUCCGUUUUGACUCAAACAAGCAUAUUCUAAACCAGCUAUCAAUUGCAGAUUAAUGGAAGAAAAGCUUUCCAUAGGACUUUUUAGUCCUAGUUCGAUAUCCUUCAAUUACAACUCAAUCGUGAGAAAUUUCUAUCCUAAGAAAUUUCACUUUUCGAAGCUUUUCAAAGAUUGGCCGCCCACUUGCAGGGAAUCUGCUUAUGAUCAGCUUUGAUUAUAGAACCACGCUCGACCUGUAGUCAAUCAUAUCAUUUUACAGCAUAACUGAGCCAAUAAACUAAAAGUUACUGUUAGUUAGAGGGGGUAUCAUUCAGUGAGUUGACAAAGAACCGCGGAAGCAAAUUUUUUUCUCUACUUUUGAAGGAAACGGGGAUUUGCUUCAAUCAUAAUAUAGUUUGACAACUUUUACUCGGCAUAGAAGGCCAGCCCUGUGUCUUAACAUUUCGACCCCCCUCACAUUUUGUGCAUUUUCAAAAUCAAGCCUCUUAGAAAAUUGAAACCUAUCAGCUAUUUCUCCUACCAGGAAUGUAGUGUGUAUGUACGCACAUAUGCCAAUGCAUACUGCUUGAAAAUGGAAAAAAUAUAUAGAUUUUUUAAUUUCCUGACAGCAUUUUUAUCAUUAAAUUGGGAUAAAUAUUUUUCGCAUUUUUUGGUGUUUUUGUGUUAGGAUUUCCUUUAUCCCUUUACUGAUUAAGUGGAGUGAAAUGGAUUCGAAUGUGAAGCCACAGACUUUGGUUGAGACUUUUGACCAAGUGUUAAUGAUAUAUGAAAUAAAUCAUAUAUGAACUGCGGAAAUGAAAUGAAAAUGAAGAAAUGAUCGUCGCAGUGAACGCAAUUUAUGCAAUUGCGUAAAGAAGCCUGAAAAAAUUCAGGACUUUAACUGGGUUUGAACCCGUGACUCUGCGAUUACCGGUGCGAUGCUCUACCAGCUGAGCUAUGAAGCCACUGAUGUUGGGAGCAGGUCAAUUGUGGGUUCAUAUGUUCCGGUGAAAGAAAUGAGUGUUAAUGAUAUAUGAAAUAAAUCAUAUAUGAACUGCGGAAAUUAAAAUGAUGCCUCUUUACGCAAUUGCAUAGAUUGCGCUCACUGCGACGAUCAUUUCUUUAUUUUCAUUUCAUUUUUUCACUUUUCUUCCCCUGCGUGCACCUUCAGUGCACCUUCUCACGCUACGCUGCCAACUACCGGUAUCUUAUAGCUUACGAAAUCAAUGCCCAAUGUUUGAGAAGGGACUUGGUCCAGAAGGGGUUGGAGGAGGGAGGGGGGGGUGCAUUUUAAAAAUUGUUAUUGCCAAAGGGGGGGGGGGUACAAUUUUCAUAUGUAAUUAUUUUAGGGGGCGUAAAUUUUUGAUACAUCACACUUUUCUGAAAACCCCCACUCGACUGACUUGGGCAGAAAUUUCUUAACAACCUCGCGUGUGAAUUCGCUGUUCAUUUCUCAUGCAGGAAUGCAGAGAUGAAUCUCAUAUCUACCAACAGAUUCAAGUCAUUCAAACAAAAGGAAUCAAUAUUUAUUUAUUUAUAAUAAUAUUAAUAAUAAUAACAAUAAUAUCAGCAUGUUCAGCCGAUAAACCUUUUGGAAUAACCCAGCCUUUUGAACCAGAAACGUGUUUAACAAACACUUUUGCAUUACCUGAGGGUACCCUUGCAUUGCCAGAUGGUCAUAAGUAACUCUCCAUGUUUCCUUUUCAUAAAGAUGCAUGACAACUUUGAUGUUUGGCGAUGGCAUCUUCUUUACGGGAACCUGGUUCACGGGACUGCAGAGUAGAUGAUUCCCGCAAAGUGCAAGUCACUAUUUUGGCUUCUGAAUGGGGAUCAAGCAAAGGGGGACUUUCCACCAUAAACAGAGAAUUAGCCAUUCAGUUGGCCAAAUGCCCUGAAGUGGAAAUCACUUUCUUUUUACCACAAUGCAGUCAAGAGGACAAGAAGUUAGCCCUGAGGCACAACGUAAAGAUCGUUGAAGCAACCCCCCUGUCUGGCUUUGAGCAACUGAACUGGCUUUGCUUUCCGCCUGAAGAUUUGCAAGUCGACAUUAUCGUAGGUCAUGGAGUUAGACUCGGUAAACAGGCACAAAUCAUUAAAAGAUCUAAAAGGUGCAAAUGGGUCCAAGUGGUGCACACAGAUCCAGAGGAACUUGGAAUGUUCAAGAACUAUUCAGAUCCAAUUUCAAAAGGCGAGGAAAAGCACAAGACCGAAGUAGAACUGUGUGAAAUGGCGGAUCAUGUUGUUGGGGUUGGCCCCAAGUUGAGCGAGGCCUUUCGCUCCUAUCUUCGCAGCUGCCAAAAAGAUGACAAUGUUGUUGACCUCACUCCAGGAGUAUUUGAAGAGUUUGUGGCUGUGAAGCAGGCUCCUAGCGAAAGGCUUCAAAGCAGUGUCUUGGUGUUUGGUCGUGGAGACGUAGAGGAUUUCGAAUUGAAAGGAUUUGACAUCGCUGGGAAAGCGGUUGCUGAGUUAGAAGAUACUCGUCUUGUCUUUGUUGGGGCUCAAGAUGGAAAACUCGAAGAAAUAGCAAAACGGUUUACCGAAUGUGGUGUCCCUCCAAGUCGCUUGAGAGUAAGACGAUUUGUUCAAGAUCGAGAGAGUCUAAGGCGCUUGUUUCAAGAAGUGGAUCUUGUUGUCAUGCCUUCAAGAACAGAGGGCUUUGGAUUGACAGGACUGGAGGCCUUGUCAGCUGGUCUCCCUGUUCUCGUCAGCCGCAACUCCGGCUUUGGAGAAGCUUUACUCAGUGUACCUUUUGGAUCAACAUAUGUAGUGAACUCAGAGGAACCGGCAGAUUGGACCUCUGCGAUCAAAACAAUCUGGGUCAAGAACAGGAGAAGUCGUCUUGAGGAAGCGGAAACCCUGCGCGAAUUCUAUGGCAAAAAAUACAACUGGGCCAAACAGAUAAAAGAUCUCGUUGACAAGAUGAUCAGUUGGGUUUACGGUAUGAAUGUGAAUUUUCUUUGUUAUGAAAAAAAAUUAUUUAUACAUUGCAAAAUGAAUAUCAGGAAGUGGACUCUAAGAAGAAAUGAAAAUAUACACUCCAGAUAAAACCAAAUUUGAGUAAUAUCCGCUGCCUUUUUGUCCGGGUGAAAUCGUGAAGAAAGGCUGUUACAAAGUUUUAUGUUUCAUUUGGGCAAACGCACGAAAGUAAUAUUGACCCAAUCCAUCUAUCAUGUAAUUUAUCCCCAGUUCACUGGCUUAUGUGAUUAUUUCAUACAUCUGCAUUCACCAAAAACAGCCUGUUGUUAUAUUAGUACUCUUUUUUAUCAACAGAUGUUCCUUUACAUUACCAGAGCUCUUCAGAAACAAAACGCAGAAUUUCUCCAUCCGCCGAUAAAGUUUGUCAGCGAACAGAGGGGACAACUGUAGACCCUGAAGGUAUCCUCGAUGACUAAUCAGCGUAAUACGUCAUAAUACUAGUCGUGAAUGGUGUUGCUGGUCAAAAGUGUUCUUUGUUCAUUAAAAUUGUCAACAUCAUUUGAAUCGGGCGUCCAUGCUUGAAUUAGCGUGGAUGAACGAUAACUAAGUUGACUUGCAUGACUUAUACAUACCGCCAAGGCACAGCGGCUGGCUUUGGUCUGUCUCGAACUGGUGUAGGAUUUCGCUCUUUCUCCGUAUGUUCAAGAACAUUAAAACUUCUAGAGUUCUCGAAUCUGCCAAAAAAGUGGGUGGAGGGGGUGGGAGGGAGAGAGAGAGAAAAGAAAAAAAGAAUAUGCGGCAUAUGAGAACACGUACUAUUUGCGUACUUUUCACUGAACAAAUUAUUGGAUCUCAUUAUGCCUAAAAAGCUACUAAUUAAAAGUGUAUUGCUAAGUGUUUUUCAAGGGCGCCUAACGACGGUUACUUGCUACAAAGAUUGAAACUAACACUUAUGAGGCUAGCCAGAGUACUUGUAGAUAUCUAUAAAUGCAUUCUAAGCGGGGCGAUAUAUAAAAUUUGUGCCUGUUCGUUCAUCCUAGGGGAAUAUGAGCCCUUUAUGGAUUACAAGGGUUUCAGUAUUAUUUUUCCGAAAAUUUUAGAUGCAAUUUAACAUAUUAUGAAAGUGAGAAUUUUUCUGAUUCCUCUCUCCAUCCCAUUUUUGAAUCCGGGAGUGAAAUGUGAAAAUUUAAACUUCAGGAAAUCGUAGGGGAGUUAUUAGAUGAACUUCGAAAAUUGUACAUGAAUAGAGCGGUCGUCUAGAAAUUUUUAGCCGUCCUCAAGUAAUUGAAAAUUCUAGGAAAAUAUUUCCUUCUCCGAACAGAUAUUUUACAGAAGACAGUCGUUGGGUGCCCCUGGUCUUUACUCUUAUUGAAACGGUUUCGGAGAAGGAAAUAUUUCCUACAAAUUUUAGGAUCGUAUUUACACAUACAACACUUUAAUUUUACUGGAACCGUACUGUGGCACCAUCACAGGGCCUGGGUUACCUUUGCUUGCAUCAGAGGGCAAAGACAAUAACCGCAGAAAAAUAAUAUGCGUGUCACGACCUCUUAGUUUGAAACGACUUCGAUCGACAAAUGUCAAUGUUCGACUAGCCGAGCAACUCAGGAACCCGUUGACUGGCGAGCGGGGUUUUCAAAAUCCUGGGGUUUGUCUGAAAGAGUUUCUUUCCUUCCUUCCCCUCCCCAUCUUUCAUUUUUUGGCUCUCGUUCUAUUUCUUGCACUGCCAAAACCGAAAAUCCCGUUCCUCGGUCUUUCUUUGCUCUGUAACAUGACGAAAACGCUUGCUUCCCAGCUAAAUCUAGCUUUUCCUUUACCAGUCUUGAGGCCGCGCCCCGCGCCCACUGUGUAUAAACAGAAUAUUAAGUUGUACGGAAGCGAGUUGGAAUGAUUGCGAUAAGGAUUUAAAAAGCGCAAAUUUAUGGUCGUCCGGAUGAAUAUUCGCUAAAUUAAUGCAGUCGUUGACACAAAAUUUCAUUCGCUGUCUCUGAAGUAUAAAUUCGCUAUCGCUAAAGGAUACAUUCGCUGUUGCUAAAACUCAUUCGCUGUCGCUAAAACUUGUACUGGUCACCGUACUAGACGCUUCCGCUUGCAUAAAGUCAGCGAGAAAGAACAGGGUGCUCGACGAAGUCACGCGUGUCUUCCACGCGCGUCCCGUUCUUUCUUGCACCCACUACUUUCAAGAGCCUGCUACGCUGACUAGCUAAAAGUCAUAUAAUUGACUGUUGUACAGUGACUUAAUUGUUAUAGAGGUGUUUUGUUUUUGAGUACUGUUUAUAUUAACUGAUCAGUGUGAAGAAUUAGCAAUGUAUGUAAUGGUGACUCUUGUUGUUGGUUGUAGGCUCCUCUUCAGUUUCAAAGUGCGCUCAAGGGAAAACAAAUUAUUCUCGACUAUGUCGCCUGCUGAUCAGCACAGGCUCGCGAGUGCUAAGAGACACAUUUGAUAGCAUAAUUCCAGCGGAGAAUCUUCGAGAAUUCUUAAAACGUGACCGUGCGCACUCCAGACUACAGUUACUGCGAAAGAAAGGAAUCCUAACUUCAGUACAUUGGAGUAGGUUGUACCCUGCCACACCCACUGAAGUGUCAUCUGCAAGCUUUGAUAUCUUCCUCUUGAUUGUGCUUCUAAGGACAAUCUGUAAUCUAAGUCCUCCACCCGCUGGCUGGGACACACCUCCUCUUACAGCAGACACCAGUCGUGAGUCUGACAUUGCGCGCAUAAAGUACUUCAUGAACCCCGUAUCAAAACAUGCCGCGGAAGGCUCUUUCAGUGAUGCUGUAUUCAAUAGCUACUGGCAGCAGAUCUGUGACACACUAGUGAGGUUGGGAGGAGCUGAUUAUGGAGUUGUCAUUAAUGAAAUGAAAUACCAGGACAUUGAAUUCCUUGAUGGGGAACAUUUCAGAGAACUUCUCAAGCAGUGGAAGAAGGUAGAAGAUGACAUCAAAGAGAAGCUGAAUGAAAUGGAAACUGAAGAAGCUUCUAUGGAGGAAGGUAUGCUUUACAGUAGACCUUUUGUAGCUCAGGUGUCUUUUCGGGAUAAUACCUAAUUUACCUAAUACAACUGUGGUGGCAAUUUUUUCAAAUCUUUGUUUAUGGCGACGUAGUUUAUACUCAAACUUACGAGGUAUUGACCCUGAAAAACUGUAUCGAGUCACCUUAUGUAAAGAAUUUUUUGAGCGCCUCCGUCCAACUUGACGUAAUCGGUCUUUCCCUUUUGACAUGCCUUGAAGCUACCAAAAGUGUAUUGCUAAGAGUCUUUAUUCCUAUUGAGACGGUUUGCUAACUGAUAACUGAGAAUUAAUCAAGUAAUAUUAAGAUCUUGCUUAUUCUCCUAUCAUAAAAACUAGUUGAUGUCAAUUUCAGAGGAUUUUUUUAAAUUAACCCCUGCAAAAGAAUCCCCAAAAUUAUCAAUAUCUAUGACCAAUACACCUGUUUUGUUUUGUUUUGUUUUUUUCGAUUUUUAUUUUUCAGCUUGGAAUGUUUUUCCAUCCUUACAAAAUUUACGAUGUGAUGCAGAGCAGGUUAGCAAGAAAACCAACCUACCAUCUGAUUUGAGAACAAUCGCUGCAAACAAAGGAUUCUUAGUUUCUGUUAACCAAGCAUCUGGGAACUGUUUAUUCUAUGCAUUAUCGGAACAAUUACAAAGUGUCAACGGAAUUCAAAUCUCGCACAAAGAGCUAAGAAAAACCUUGGUUCAGUUCCUCGAUGAGAACCCUAAUCUGGUAAGUUGAUGACUAAUCUAACUUAGACAAAAACUAUUGGCACGCGCCUUCCGUAUCUGUUUGGCCGAUUCCUCCCAUAUGAUAAGGAACUGAACGUAUUAUGCUGUCUUCGCGAGAACUAGUGGGUCAGCUCCAGCUUCAUCUUUCACCCAGCUUGUCCUAUCCUUAAUUACUAUCCUCUUUCAUACCACUGCUUACUGACCUAGAGCUGUUCCUUUGUAUCAUGCCAGUUAUAGUCACUUCCCUUAACUCAUUUCGACGUUUCUUUGCUAAACUAAAUUGGAUUGAACAUAACAAAAAAUACCUGAAGUAUUAUGGGAUCAAGACUACUGGGAGGCUCUCUCGAUCUUCUUCUCACCCUCCUCUUCGUUUUUAGUUUAAAAUACUUAAAGCUUUGAUGACAAACAAAUACGUCAUGACUUGAAAUAGUCGCCUACUGUCGCCAUCUAAGAUUACAGGUGACCCAGGUUAAUUUUUCUUUAAAUUCCAGUUAACAGUAUCAUUUCCCCCCGAAAACUACCUCCAGAAUUUGGAGAGAAACAAAAAAAAUUAUUUUAUUUGAAAUUCGCUUCCCUGCGAACCCCUGUGCCUCCCAGUAAGUGACUGGUUUAAAGGCUCCCCUCCGCCAACCACUCAUUUUUAAACAAACUUUACAUAAACUCUCUGGCAGGUUAAAAUCACUCCACGUCCAUGCCGCUUAGUCAGAAAACAUUGAAAUGCACUUGUUUGAUGGUUUUUGUUUUUUAGCACGAAGGAACAUCUCUGUUUAACUUUGUCUCGGGAUACUCAUCUUGGCGUGAAUACUUACAAAGCAUGGCGAAAGACGGUAGCUGGGGCGAUCAUGUGGUUUUGUUUGCUGCAGCAAAUCGCUUCCAAACUCCCAUCCGUAUUAUCAGCAGUCUUGACCAUGAAAUAGUUGUCCAUCCAGAUCAUGCACUUGCCAACAGCAGCCCCCUUGUGUUGGGACACAUUCACGAGUUACACUAUGUUAGUCUUCAGCCCAGACAAGGUAACAUGUUCUUUCCAGUCACAAACAUCCUGGUUUUUUGGAAUUAUGUUUGCAGAAUUUAUAUAGAUAUAUCAGUAGCAGGGAACAUUGCAAGAUGAUGUUAAUACCGUAAAUGUCUCUAUGAGAAUGAAGUUAAAUUUUUUCUAAACAAUAAAAUGUCCCUACUUUAUCUGAAUAUACUAGUUGUAUAAGAUGUCGUCCCAUCGGAUAUUGUAACCUUGUAAAAAUGAGCAAGCUCAAAAAACCUUCUCGUUUGUGUCCUUAUCCCUGAUUCCCUAGUUAAAAAGGUUUCUGUAAGAAAAAGACUUAGAUAAUGUUGAAUUCAUUGUGUGUAAGGGCAAAUCUUAGAAGCAACGAACAACAUAUCUCAGUUAUACUUAAAUUGUGACUGAAAUGAAUUAGUAAAAGGACAGAACUUGUCUUAAAUCUUUCUUCAGGAUUGCAAAGGUUACUCGUCACUGUUAAAACUUUCAGUUUUCCUUGUUCCGAUCCUCUCAUUUGUUAGCAAGGCCUGCCAGUACUUUUUUUCCAGAUCAUCUAUGUCCGUGAUUAUUGUAUUAGUUGUUAGGUAGUUGCUUUUGUUUACGUGCUUGUGGCUUGAAAAGACGAAGUUUCCUUGAUAUAAUUACCAUGCAAGAAGAUGAAGGAGCUUUAAAGCUGAAAGCCUAUUCCAAGUACUUGUUUUAAAGUGAAAAGUAAUAGUUCUGUAAGCCAUAAGUUUUGUAUUGACUAGUCUGCAGUAACUAAGAUUAAUUUUAUUGCAGUUUACUUUCGUUAGCUUUCAAAGGAUGAUUCGGCCUCUCCAUUUAAAAACCGUGACAAAGUUGACUUUUCAAUUUAGCACACAAUGGCUGAUAUAUUUAGGUUUUUGCCAGCUCUAUAAGUUUGAUUUUUAAUUUGAUAUAGGGCAGUUUAAAUCAGAAAGCGACACGUUAGCACUUGGACGUGUCGUGUUAGACACCCCUUAAAGUGUCCAUUUUAAACCGUAAUUCCUGGGCAGAGAGGUACCCAGACUCUACCUCUAAUUUAGUUAAAAAUUGCAGAGAUACACGAGAACCCUUGCGCUAGCCUGAUUCCUUUACAAUCUGAGAUCACUCGCUCAAACUCCAUCAGCUCGUUAGCUAAAACGUGAUGAUAUCGACUAUUGUACAAUGAAUUAGAACGUUAGUGUUGUUAUUUCUGAAUAUUUUCGAUGACUGAUCAUUGUGAAGAAUUACAGUUAUCUUAUGAUGACUGUUGUCAUUUAAUGUAGGUACUUUCUCAGUUUUAAAAUCCACUUCAGGGAAAAUUACUAAUUAUUGUCGUGUAUGUCGUCCACUGAUCAGAGAUACAUAUGAUAGCAUAAUUAAACCAUAAAACCUUCGAGAAUUCUUAAAGCGUGACCCGGCGCACCAUAGAUUGAAGUUCCUGCAAAAGGAAGGAGUCCCCAGUAUUAAAACUUCAGUACACUGGGGUAAACUGUAUAUUGCCACACCCACUGAAGCGUCAUCUGCAAGCUUUGAGUUGGAUUACCAAAAACCAUAUCCAAAGAAAAAAGGGAAAAAAUCGACGUCGCUUGUUUACGUCCUCCAUAAAACGUGAAGUUUAGUAUUUAGGCUUCGUCCAAACGUAUCUGGAUAUUUUUGAAUUCGAAACUUUUUCUUUCCGGGUACGGCUUCCGUCCACACGUAUCCGGUGAAUCCCUGCCUUUUUUAAUCCGCUCUCCAGAGUGAAAAUGUUUUAAUACGCUAUUAGUACGCAGUAGUGUGGACGCUAAAUCCGGAUAUUUUUAUCUGGUGACGUAACAAGAUCGAGCCCAGUUCGUUACCGUGAAAGGCAGAGAAAGGUGAAAAUUUCAAAUUUGAUAUCAGGCACAACACCCAAUUGAAAAAUACAGCCAAAUACACAAAAUACAGUGCGGGGAAGAAUAGGCGAGAACACAGCACCAAGUCCGUGAUGUGAAAAGGGCUAGUACAACACAGGCAACUCUUCGAAACUUUGCCACAGUACGGCCGUCACUGCACGACUUCAACUUCAGGAGAGUAUACUUGUACUGAAGCCGGUUGAAAUAAUUGCGAUAAGGAUUAAAAGAACGCAAAUGCACUUUUUAAGGGAUGUUUUCACCACUCUCGCCGUCGUGGUAUCUUAAACUCCUACUUGAGGAAUUGACUCCUGACGGGAAAAAAUUACUUCCGGUCACCGUACUAGACGCUUCCCUGGCCCUUGCUUAUAGCCUCUAAUUAUUAGGGACCUUAAGAUCCGACGACGGUGACGGCAACGAGAACGUCACAAAAGCAAUAGGUUUAAUAACCAAAACAACAAUUUUGCGCGUGCAUCACGUUUUCUUGUACAUUUCUUUGCCCUCACUGCACUACUACGACGUGAAAAUGCCUAAUUUCUUGUGUACAGAGGAAGUACGCAAGCGACUUCGAAAUUUCCUCCCUCUUUCUGAACUUGGAUAUGGUUCUUAGGAAUUCAUCUUUAGGAGGGUUCGCCCACAUUUCACAAAGUCAGUGACUUAAAGUAAUCGCGAUGAAGAUUGAAAGAACGCGAAUUUACUUUUUCAGCGACGUUUUUUCUGCCCAUUGCCGUCCUCGGAUCUUAAGGUCCCUAAUAGGGGGCUUAAGGAACAACGACGUAGACGGUUACAAAAACGUCAUUUAAAAAGUGAGGUCGCGCUGCUUCAAACUUUAUCGCGCUUUUUCCACCUCGUUCAGUUCGUCAAAUAUUGGCAAUUUCUGCAGGAGUUGAAGUCUAAAAGACCGUAUCUAAGUUCAGGGAAAGAAAAAGGAAGUCGUUGUCUUGUGUUCAUGUCCUCCAAAUAACGUGAAAUUCAGUAGGCAUUUUCACGUUGUACUCGUGCAGUGACGGUAAGGAAAUCUACAAAUACGUGUGAUUCACGUGCAGAGUCGUUGUUUUGCCAAUCUAAACCUAUUGCUUUUUUGCCGUUCUCGUUGGCGUCGUCGUCGUCGUUGCUCAAGCUCUCUAAUAUGCGAGAAAGAACGAGGCGCGCGACGAAAUCACGCGUGUCUCCUUCGCGCGUCCCGUUCUUUCUUGCAUCCACUACUUUCAAGUGCCUGCUACGCUGACUAGCUAAAAUUUAUGUAAUUGCUUAUUGUACAGUAACUUGGAAUUGUGGUGUUCUAUUUUUAAGUACUGUCUGAAGAAUAAGGACUGUAUGUAAUGGUGACUCUUGUUGUUGGUUGUAGGCUCAUCUUCAGUUUUAAAGUCUUCUCAAGGGGAACUCAAUUAUUCUCGUUUAUGUCGUCUGCUUAUCAGCAUAGGCUCACGAGUGCUAAGAGAUACAUUUGAUAGCAUAAUUCCAUCGGAGAAUCUUGGGGAAUUCUUAAAACGUGACCCUGCGCACUCCAGACUACAGUUACUGCGAAAGAAAGGAGUCCUAACUUCAGUUUAUUGGAGUAAAUUGUACCCUGUCACCCCCACUGAAGUGUCAUCUGCAAGCUUUGAUAUCUUCCUCUUGAUUGUGCUUCUAAGGACAAUCUGUAAUCUGAGUCCUCCACCCGCUGGCUGGGACACACCUCCUCUAACAGCAGAUACCAGUCGUGAGUCUGACAUCGCGCGCAUAAAGUACUUCAUGAACACCGUGUCCAAACAUGAAACGGAAGGCUCUGUAAGUGAUGCUGCCUUCAGUAGCUACUGGCAGCAGACCUGUAACACACUGGUACGAUUGGGUGGAGCUGAAUAUGAAGAUCUCAUUGAUGAAUUUAAAGACCAGGAAAUUGAAUUCCUCGAUGUGAAACAUUUCAGAGAACUUCUUAAGCAGUGGAAGAAGGUAGAAGACGACGUCAGAGACAGGCUGAAUGAAGUGGAAAGUGAAGAAGCUUCUAAAGAGAAAGGUAUGCUAUAGUACAGUAGGCCUUGUUAGGAGAUACAACCCUGCCAAUUGGUAGGUUUUAAACUCUUAACACUGCGAAUUUAGGGUGGUUUGGCUAACAGGGAAUAUACUUUAUGUGUCUAUGGAAAAGUUGCCGGAUCCAGCAAUUGCUUCCAUAAAGACCUUAUUUGUAAUGUGUUAGACGUUCCAGCGCCUUUAAAAUGUUAAUUUUAUAUGUCAGUAACUUCAAAAUUACCUAUCCAGGGAAUAGUCUCGUACACCUUCCAUCUCUUGCCGUAUUUCAAGGUCUCCUCAUUUAAUUCUUGACUUGUUCAUGCAGAUCCCCGAACGGCGAGUGGUGCUAGUGGUCCCAUUGGACCUGGUGUUGAUGGGCCCUCGGAUCUAACCAAGCAGGCUGUUCAUGACCAAGGUAUACAACUACUAAGCCUGUUAAUGUGGCAACUACCUACUCCCAGUGUUAUCAAGGUGAUAGCGUCGAAUCGAAAAAUAUAAUUACAGUCAUGUGUCCGUAUUAUUAGAGAGAUGUCUGUUUACAGGGAGUCAACUGAAAGGAGUAAAAAAGGCAGGGACGAACUCUUGGUGUCAGUUUUAGCCAGGUGCCCGUGGUAUAGAAGUGUCCAUAAGAGAUAGUUGACUAUACUCAGGAGCGUUUUUUUCAUUUGGGUAUAAAGAAUGUGGUUAUAAUAUGUAGUCGUGCAUUGUAUGGUCUAAAGGCGGGAUUCCACUUCAAGCUGUAAUUCUUUGAUUCAUUGCCUUUAGCUAUUCAGCAACAAACUGUUAUCUAAAUUGCUCUAGUUCUGUCAAAAUCACCCAGAGUUGUUUCAAAGAACGUUAAUAGGAGUAUAACCAUCUGACAUACCCUUCAUACUAUUAGUUUCCAUUCUUAUUCUAAUCCAUUUCAUUAAACAGAUUACUCAAACGCCCAGAGCUCCUCAGAAGCAAACAACAGGACUUGUCAUCAGACAGAAGGCCUGACUGAGCACCAUGGGGGUAUUCAGCUUUAGAGACUUUAAUAGAUUAUAAUAAAUGUAUUUGUAAAUUUACGGGAAAAAAUUGUUUUACAGUUCAUAUCACUGUUUAAUAUAGUUUUAAUAUGAAAGUACUUCAAAGGUUAUUGAGGGCAUAAUUAUGUGUACCAUAGAACGUUGAAAACAAAUGUUAAUCCAAUGUUGAGGGAACUUGUUUUUGCUUUUCCUAGAAUGGAGGUGAAUUCCCCCACGACCCACUCCCCCGUAAGUUUAUACAAGUAAAACUGCGAAGUUUGUUUACCGCAUACAUAGGUAGGCCAAACUUUUCAACGAGAAGUAGGCAGUGAAGAUUUCGCUCUUCGCGUUUUUUCACCACGCCAAUUUUACCCCUUCUCCCCCCUGACUUUUGAACGCUUUCCUUGCAGGCAACAGUUUUAAUUUGGAGGACGUGAGAAAUUUUAUUAAGCAAAAGUUGACUUCCUUUACUAAGAUAUUGAAUAACUAAUGAAUAUAAUUUAAAACAAACCAAAUUAAAUGCGGCUUUAAUUUUUUCCUAGGUCCAAGUUUGCAGUACCCAACCGAUGUGAUAGAAAAGAUCCGUCAGCUCUACAAAACAUGUGAACGACGCCUUCUGCCCGUCCCUUGGUUAGAGGAGUUUAGCUUUCAUAUCAAUGAAAUUUUUACCAGAUUAAAAAUCUUGGGCAAAGAAAAAACCCAAGGAGUACUUACUGACGAUAUAACCAAUAUGACUGCCAUCUUUAAGGCGCACGUAGAAUGCCAAAGGCCACGAACAGUCUUGAUCGAAGGAGAUCCUGGUAUGGGAAAAACUACGUAUUGUCAAAAGCUGGCGUAUGAUUGGGCAACUAAGCAGAACGAAUGGGACCCAUCUUUUCCAGAGAUUGAAGUGCUCCUGCUUCUCAAAUGUCACGAAAUUAAAUCUAACAUUUGGGAAGCUAUUGAUGAUCAAAUUCUUCCCGAGGAAAUGGAUGAUGCAGCUAAGGAAUGCUUCUUUAAAUUCAUACGUGAAAAUCAGUCCAAGGUUCUUUUAGUUUUCGAUGGACUAGACGAAGCAGAUCCUAGUAACCUCAAGAUGUUGUAUAACCUCAUUGCAGGUAAAGAACUGUCAGGUUGUUACAUUGUUUUCACAUCUCGUCAUGAGGCUGGAAAGAAUGCAAGGCGGUACUGUGACACUCUGUGGGAGAUUGUAGGAUUUACUCAAGAAGAUGCAGAAUGCUUUAUUCAUAAAUACUUUAAAAACGUUAGAAAGGAGCACUUAGCCAGGAAACUUAUAGGAAAGGUAUGGCAUGAGGAUGGGGACCUGCAAGAAUUGAUAAAAAAUCCCUUAAACACUGCCUUACUGUGUGUUAUUUGUGAGGAUUUUGAGGGCAUAUUUCCAACGAGAAGAACCCAAUUGUACAUUGAGAUUGUUCUUUUUGUUUUAAGAAGAUAUGAACAAAAGAAAGGAUUAUCGAGCGAGAACGAAGACCUCUUGACCGUCUAUAGAGAAGACUUAUUACUUCUUGGGGAAAUGGCGUUACAGUCUCUUCAAAAAAGAGAGUUGUACUUUGAAGAAAAUAAAUCAGGCGGUCGCUUCAUCGUCUUAUCCGAGUUCGGAUUCCUUUCACUUCAGGCUGCUGGCAGUAAGAGGAGAGUUCGUGUGCGUUACGCAUUUCUUCAUAAGAGCUUUCAAGAGUUCUUUUCUGGUUUUUAUCUUGCUUGCAAACUUAUUGAGGGAGAUAUUAACUGCGAAUCAGUAGUGACUGAACAAAGAUAUGAAGAUGAACUACACCAAGUCUUUCUAUUUACGAUUGGAAUAUUAGCUUCAACGAGUGAGAAAACCGCAGACUCUUUCGUAGAAAGUAUGGCUGAAAACAUUAAUUUAAAAAGUCUUGAGUCUUCUGGCAUUUCAAAACGUCUUCUAUUUGCUGUCGAUUGUUUAUCAGAGUACGAAAGUUUAGUUUACACCUUAGGGAGGCACCUUAAUCUUACCCAUUUGGAUAUUUCCAUGAAGUAUAAAUUGCAUAAUUUUCCUGUGCCUUUUAGUGAUGCUAGGGCUGCGUCUCUUUCGCAGGUUCUUGCAUCCAACUCUUCAAUAACUUAUUUGAAUUUACGUGGGAAUAUGAUUGAUGAUGCUCGUGCAGCGUCUCUUUUCCAGGCUCUCGCAGAGAACUCCUCCUUAGCUGAGUUGGUUGUGAGUGGGAACACUAUUAGUAAAACUGGUGCUGCGUUUCUUUCUCAGGCCCUCACAGUCAACGCCUCCCUAACUAAUUUGGAUUUGAGUGAGAACUACAUCGGUAAAUCUGGUGCUGCCUCUCUUUCCAAGGCUCUAGUAGUCAACACCUUCCUAACUAAUUUGGAUUUAAGUUGGAACAGAAUUAGCAAUUCAGGUGCUGCGUCUCUUUCCCAGGCUCUCGCAGACAACUCCUCCCUGACUAAUUUGAAUUUGAGUGGGAACAGUGUUGGUGAAUCUGGUGCUGCAUCUCUUUCCCAGGCUCUCGCACUUAACGCCUCCUUAACCAAUUUGGAUUUGAGUAGAAAUAGCAUUGGUAUUACUGGUGCUGCAUCUCUUACCCAGGCUCUUGCAGUCAACUCCUCCUUAACUAGUUUACAUUUGCGUGGGAACAGUAUUGGUGAAAGUGGUGCUGCGUCUCUUUCCCAGGCUCUUGCAGUCAACUCCUCCUUAACGAAUCUGGAUUUGAGUUGGAACAGUAUUCGUAAAACUGGUGCUGCGUCUCUUUCCCAGGCUCUCGUAGUCAACGCCUCCUUAACUAAUCUGAAUUUGAGUGGGAACCAUAUCGGUGAAAGUGGUGCUGCUUCUCUUUCCCAGACUCUCGUAGUCAACGCCUCCCUAACUAAUUUGGAUUUAAGUUGGAACGAAAUUAGCAAUUCAGGUGCUGCAUCUCUUUCCCAGGCUCUUGCAGUCAACUCUUCCUUAACUAAUUUACAUUUGCGUGGAAACAGUAUUGGUGAAAGUGGUGCUGCGUCUCUUUCCCAGGCUCUUGCAGUCAACUCCUCCUUAACGAAUCUGGAUUUGAGUUGGAACAGUAUUGGUGAGUCUGGUGCUUCAUCUCUUUCCCAGGCUCUCGUAGUCAACGCCUCCUUAACUAAUCUGAAUUUGAGU